UCUGUCCGCUGCUGCGCUACUUUUGGUCCGGACUCGGCUGGGAGGCCGCGGCUGCCGCAUCAGAGCUGACGUGGGGGCGACGUGGGGCCGCGGCCGGCGCCGGCGCCGGGUUGCUGGGCGGCGGCGCCGCUCUUGAGCGGCGGUCGGGCUUGGCGGUCUCCACCUCCUCGCGUCCGUAAUCAGUGACGAGGUCCGCUACGUAAACCCCAUCGCGGCGGGAUAAAUAAAGAAGAAAACAGAGGAGCAAAGCAUUGAUUGCAAAUGUCUUAAUAAUGAACAAAUGUGGCAGGAAAAAAUAUAUUAAGACAAAUGUAAGACAAAUGACCAUGGAAACAAUUGAAUCCCGGCAGGAUGGAAGUAUAACUGAUUCUGUGGCAGAGAGAGAAUCUGCUCAUAUGCAGACUCAGACUGGCCAAAAUUCAAUUCCUACUUUAGCUCAGGUUUCUGUAGCUGGAUCAGGCACUGGAAGAGGCUCCCCAGCUGUAACUCUAGUGCAGUUACCUUCGGGCCAAACUGUACAUGUCCAGGGAGUAAUUCAGACACCACAACCAUCGGUUAUUCAUUCACCACAAAUACAGACUGUUCAGGUAGCAACAAUUGCAGAGACAGAUGAGUCUGCAGAAUCAGAAGGUGUAAUUGAUUCUCAUAAACGUAGAGAAAUCCUUUCACGAAGACCCUCUUAUAGAAAAAUACUGAAUGAACUUUCCUCUGAUGUGCCUGGUGUUCCCAAAAUUGAAGAAGAAAAAUCAGAAGAAGAAGGAACGCCACCUAACAUCGCUACCAUGGCAGUACCGACUAGCAUAUAUCAGACUAGCACGGGGCAAUACAUUGCUAUAGCCCAAGGUGGAACAAUCCAGAUUUCUAAUCCAGGAUCUGAUGGUGUUCAGGGACUACAGGCAUUAACAAUGACAAAUUCAGGAGCUCCUCCACCAGGUGCUACAAUUGUACAGUAUGCAGCACAAUCAGCUGAUGGCACACAGCAGUUCUUUGUCCCAGGCAGCCAGGUUGUUGUUCAAGAUGAGGAAACUGAACUUGCCCCAAGUCACAUGGCUGCUGCCACAGGUGACAUGCCCACUUAUCAGAUCCGAGCUCCUACUACGGCUUUGCCACAGGGUGUAGUGAUGGCUGCCUCACCAGGAAGUUUGCACAGUCCCCAGCAACUAGCAGAAGAAGCAACACGUAAACGAGAGCUGAGGCUAAUGAAAAACAGGGAAGCUGCUAAAGAAUGUCGACGUCGAAAGAAAGAAUAUGUAAAGUGUCUGGAGAGUCGAGUUGCAGUGCUGGAAGUGCAGAAUAAGAAGCUUAUAGAGGAACUUGAAACCUUGAAAGACAUUUGCUCUCCCAAAACAGAUUAGUAGAAAUAUUUAACUAUGAACUGAUUACAACAUGUACAGUUGCUUUUGAAGGCAAUACAAUAUAUAGCCGGCAAGAAUUAUGGCUUUUUUCCUUUGUAUCAUUCAUCUUACUUUCUAAUCUCUAACAUUCCUAAAAUGCUUCCCUGUACGUAGUUAACUCUUAGGUAUAACUUCAAUUUUUUUAAAAAGAGACAAACUGUAAAAAAUGUAUGUAACAGAUUCUUAAAAUGAAAUAUUUGUAAGACUUGUUCCAAUGCUACAUAUUUGCAGUUCCCAAUCUCUGUGUCAUGAAUAGUGUCCUAUGCAAUAAAAUUUUUUGCAGGUCUUUAAAAAUCAUUUUAGGAAAGGAUGAUCGAAGAUAAUGCAUCCAGCAGUACAAUAAAGUUAAACGACAAAAAUACCUCAGGAAAGAAUUGAAAGAAAGUAUAUCUAAUGACAUGCCUAUAUGAGAAGAAUAGCCUAGAAAUGAAUUUUUGGCAAAUUUUUAUAUUAGUCGCUUUGUAAAGAAAAUAUUAUACAGCUGUCCUUGAAUGCCAUAGUUGAAGACAGUUUUUAAUAGAACCAUGUUGGUUGCA